AGAAGAGGCAGAAACCGAACGAAAAGCCCUAAUCAUCAUCACUCCCCCCCCACUAAACCCCUCAAAUCCUAGCCGUCCAUUUCAACGCUUUACGGGCAAACGCCGGCGCUUCUUCUAAUUUCAGAUCAGCCUACGCCCGUCUCUCUCGGCCGGUUGCCUUUUCUUUUUCUCUUUCCAGAUAACCAAACAGACUGGCUACACUCUCACUAGCUGAUUUCCGUACUUCAUUUCAUCUCAAUUUUUUUUUAUUCACAGGUAUUUUCAGUUAUAAUCAGUGUUUCGUUUGUUCCUUUUUAGGGUUCUGAGGAAUCUAGACUAUCUAGUAUUAGAGUUUUGACUAUUUUUGUAGUAGCCAUGAACUUGAAGCAUUUAAUUUCUGGGAAAACAAUCAAUAAUUUAUCGAAAAUCAAUGGAAAAUCAAUCUCUUAUAAUCCCAAAAAGUUGUCAACCAUUGCCGCCGCAAGGUCUCCUCCCCUUUAUUCGUUAAGUAGUGGUCAAAGCUCUGCUUUUCUUCGAAACCGUAAACCCAUUUUCCCUUUUGUUAGAUAUAUUCACUCAACCCAAGAAACUAAGCUAAGUUAUGCUGGUGUUGAAGCAAAACUUGUGUCUAGUGAUUCUGAGGAAGAGGAGGAUGGAACGGUGAAUGAGUUUUUAUCGCGAUUCGUUUGGAUAAUGAGAGGGAAGUUAUCCGAUGCUUACAGGGAUUGCAAUGAGGAGACAAUUGAUGGGAUGCUUUUGAUUAUUGUUGGGAAGGUUGUGGAAGAGAUGGAAAAGGGUGGUAUUCAGCAGAUGCUUGAUUCUGCAGUGGCAAUGCCAUCACAGGAUUUUAGUGAAGAUUUGUGGAGGACGGUAUGGGAAGUGAGUAAUAUGGUGUUGGAGGAUAUGGAGAAGGCGAGGAAGAAGGAAAAGGUAAAGCAGUUUUUGCAAUCCGAAGAAGUGAAAGAAAUGUGUCGGUUUGCUAGUGAAGUUGGGAUUCAUGGGGAUUUGUUGAGGGAACUCCGGUUUAAAUGGGCGAUAGAGAAGAUGGAAGAGAAUGAUUUUUAUAGGAGUUUGGAACGUCUUAGGGAUGAAGAGCAACCCAAGGAUGGAAAGACCUUUGAUGAACAGGCUGUUGUAGCCGAGGAUGAACAAAGGGUUGUAUCUCUUCCGAAAAGAAAGGGAAAGCUAAAGUAUAAGAUCUAUGGACUGGAUUUAUCAGAUCCUAAGUGGGCUGAAGUUGCUGAUAAAAUUCAUGAGAGAGAGGCAAUGGUUUGGCCUCAGGAGCCAAAGUCAUUAUCUGGGAAGUGCAAAUUGGUCAUAGAGAAAAUCCUUUCAUUAAAACAGGAGGAUGAUCCAUCACAGAUUUUGGCUGAAUGGACAGAGCUUUUGCAACCUAGUCGUGUUGACUGGAUCAGUUUGCUUGAUAGAUUGGAACAACAGAAUCCUGACAUACACUUAAAGGUAGCAGAACUUGUCUUGAGCGAAAAAUCUUUCCAAGCCAACAUUCCUGACUAUAGAAAACUGAUUGAUGCCUAUGCUAAAGAGAAUCGCAUAGAAGAUGCUGAGAGAAUCCUUAAAAUGAUGGUUGAAAAUGGUGUCAUGCCGGAUAUUUUAACUACCACAGUUCUGGUUCACAUGUAUAGCAAAGUGGGUAAUCUUGAUCGUGCUAAAGAAGCAUUUGAAAGCUUGAGGAGCUAUGGCUUCCAACCAGACAUGAAGCUCUACAACUCAAUGAUCAUGGGAUAUGUUAAUGCUGGCCAACCUAAGUUGGCUGAGUCGUUGAUGAGAGAGAUGGAAACAAGAGACAUCAAACCCUCAGAGGAGAUUUACAUGGCAUUGCUUCGGUCGUAUGCUCAUAGUUGUGAUGUUAUCGGAGCUGGACGAAUUGCAAUCACCAUGCAGUUUGCAGGAUUCCAACCGACUAUGGAGUCUUGUUCAUUGCUUGUUGAGGCAUAUGGGCAGGCUGGUGACUCCGAUCAAGCUAGGAGCAACUUUAACAACAUGAUAAAACUUGGCCACAAGCCUGAUGACAAGUGUACUGCUAGCAUGAUUGCAGCUUAUGAGAAGAAAAAUUUAUUGGAUAAAGCCUUAGACCUUCUACUGCAGCUGGAGAAGGAUGGUUUUGAACCUGGCAUUGCCACAUAUACAGUUCUUGUGGAUUGGUUGGGUAAGUUGCAGCUGGUUGAUGAGGCUGAGCAGCUAUUGGGCAAGAUUGCUGACCUGGGUGAAGUUCCUCCAUUAAAGGUUCAUGUAAGCCUCUGUGAUAUGUAUUCAAGGGCUGGAUUUGAGAGAAAGGCUCUUCAGGCUCUUGGAGUUUUGGAAGCAAAGAAGGAUGAAUUGGGGCCCCACGAGUUUGAGAGAACUAUACAUGCACUAAUAGCAGGUGGUUUUGUGAAGGAUGCUCGAAGGAUCCAUGGGCUGAUGGAGGCCAGGGGCUUUACUGCAUCACAGCAAUUAAACUUUGCCCUAUCGGUAUCUCAGACUCACGGCCCUAGACGGCCAACAAUGGGAUAGCCUUGUCAUUAACAUGAUUCAGAAACCUUUGCAUGCAAUCGAUCAUCAAUGGGAUGGUUAGUUAAUUUAGAUAUCUUAGCAUACUGAGAGGUCAGUGGAAUGUACUUUGAUGAAGAGGUGAGAUAAGCUAUGAUGUUUUGUUGAUCUAAUUUUCUUUUGAGACUU